AUGUCAUGGAGGAUGGGCCACGAGGUGACGCCGCUUGGGGCAGCCAUGCGGCGGAGGUCUCCCCGGCCGGGAGGGUUUCAAGCCCAGGCCAGAGAUGCGACGCCAAGCUUGGAGACGCCGGCAGGUCAGAGCCUGGAUGACAUGAUCGAGGAGAUCCGACGGCUUCGAGCGAAUGUUCUGCCACGAGGUCUCCAUCCCGAAGUUCUGCAAAGCGAUGCCAUGGAGGAGGAUUGGCGCCAAAGUAGCCCGCUAUCAUCUUCUCCAGGCCGACGGCUGCCAGAUCUGUCAACCAGCAAAUGGCUGACACCUUCGCCGCCUAGCGCUAGCGCCCCCAGCAGAGGGCCGCGUCCUCCGACGGAACCACUCGUGGCCGAGGUGGCGCGGCCGUUCCGAGCCAGCUCGCCCCUGCGGCUAACGCUCUGGGAGGAGAGGCAGCUUCAACGCUGCCUCCGUGCCUGGUCGGGGAUCACGACCUCUUUGGUGCCCGCCAAAGAGCUAGCUCCUGCUUUUAAGGGAGCCGAAGGACCUGCACCACCGCCGCCAGCGCAGACGCGUCUCGAUCGAGUGUGGCACGCCUGGCGACGACUGGUGGCCUCAGACCGCGCGGGCGAGAUCGAGCUGUCGGUCCAACUCCUCCGUGAGCAGAUGGCCCGGACACAGCGAGGGAGCCUCGAGCACUGGCGGCGCUGGGCAGAGCGCGCUCCGGGAAGGAAUGAUCGCCGACGAUUUCGUGACUGUCGGCGGCGUUUGGCAAUUCACCGCUGGCGCCGGCGGUGUCUGGAGAGGCAGCAGCGAUGGGCGCUUGCUGACCAGGCGAGUGCGCUCCUCCGCGUCCGUGUUCUCCGCCGGGCCCUCCGCAGCCUCGCCAAGGGCCUCGGCGGGAGCCGCGCCAAAGAUGAGGACACUCGACGCAAGAAGCGAUUGUCACUGGAGAACGCGCAGCUUCGUCGCCAGCUGAGCUCAGGAUUUCACUGGUGGUUGAGUUCUGCCAGCGGAUCUCGGCGGGAAGCGGCAGCUUGCGUGGCGUUGCGGCGCUUCGCUGCGCGACGGGCGCUGUACAGGUUGCAGUCGAACCUUCGAGACAGCAAGGAGAUGCAGCUCGCAGAGACCCUGGGUCAGAUGCAGGCGAAGGGCUCCACCCGACGAAGGGCGAUUCGGAGGUGGUCACGCUGGUGCCGCAAGCGUCAGCAGAGGCGCCUGCUACUGCGAGGACACCUCCAGAACUACAGCAGGCCACGAUCCCUUCGCCGCUGCUUUCUUGGUUGGGCUUCACACGCGCGGGAAGAGCAGAGGAACCAAGUCACGCUUCAGAAGGCACAGAUCAUUCUGGACUUGUCCCUCAAGAGCCGCACCUUCCACAGCUGGUGGGGUCGGUGGCAAUUGGUCUGCAAGGGCGUCCUCUUGCUACGAGGCCUUGGCCGCGGUCUGGAGUCAGAGCUGCUGCGCGGGUUCCUGGCGGAGUGGCGGGCUUCCCUUCAGCGUCUCCGGCAGGAGCGCGUGGUUCUGCACGGGCUCUUCGAAAGUCUUCGAAGGCGACUCCAACGAGGCGCUGUGCGAAGCCUGACCGCCUUUGCCGUCACGAAGCGUCGCCACGGCGAGGUUUCAGCAGCGAUCGCAGAGCGGCAGCGGAGGUUCCUCCAGGCAGCCGCCCUGCGUGCAUGGAGGGACCGGCACCGCGCCGGUCGCGAGGCCACGUCGAAGCUUCGAGGCUUGCACGAUGGCCUUCGCAGCGACUUCAUUUCUUUGUUGCUUGCUUCCUGGAAGCUGUCAGCGCGGCAGCUUAGAGAGGCACGGGCGGCAAUCGAAAUCCUUGCGCGUGGAAUCGGCAAGAUGCGACAAGCAGGAGCCCUGUCUCGGCUCCGGGGCUUCCACUUCCAGCGUCUCAAAGAGGAGCGGCUUUCGGUGGCCGAGGAGGCCGUGCAAGCAGUUCGGCGGAGAAGGCUCUGGUAUUACAGCCUGGGCCGCUGGAUCCAUCUGUUCGAUGCUGUCCGGUAUCGCCGACAUCAGCAAACGACGGGGCUGAUUGGUCGAAGCUGGAGGGCUUGGCUCCAGGUCGUGCAGGAAGCGCUGGAACUGGCCACACUGCGUGUUGCCCGAGGCAUGACACGCCGCCUGAGCUUGCUUUUACGAGCUGGCUUCGGAUGCUGGUGUGCAGCCGUUCAGAGAGGCCGCGAGUUCCGGACUUUGGUUCCAGUCCUUCUCGAGUCUGUCGCGGAUGUUUUUGAAGCGCAUGCGCUGCGCAGCGAGUGGUCGGCUUGGCAGCAAUGGUGGUGCCACGUCGGGGAGUGCAGAGCCGCAGACACCGAAGAGUUGCUGCUGCUAUGCCUCCGCGCCUGGCGGCAAAGCUCCGUGGAGCAGCGCCACAAGCGUGGGGUGCAUCUGCUCUGCGAGCGCUACCGUCAUACACGCACCAAGCGGAAAGUCCUGCAUUUGUGGCAACGUCGCUUGAGGCAGCUCUCCCUGGUCAUACAGUCCGUCCAUCUUUGGACUGCAUCUCGUGCCACACUCUGGGCGCAGACCGUGGCAAUGGCUUGGCACGGCUGCGUGGUGCGGCGCCGACGGAGCCAGGUCUCGGCAAUCCGGCUGUUGUGGCAGAGGAGGGCGCGUUUGCUGUCUUCUUGGCGGCUGCUCCUUCUGCGGCGCCUAGCCGGGCAGGGCGUGGCGGAGGCUGUGCUUCUCUCCCGGGCGCUGCGUUGGAUCCGGGCCUGGCGGCUCUGGGCCUUCUCGCAUGCGCGGAAGAGGGAAGCGGAUGAAGUGAAAGCGACAUUCGUCCGUCAGUCGCGGCAACGGUGGUGGGUGGAGCGUUGGUGUUCGGUCUGCCGUUUGAACCGCCUAGUGGAUGUGGCAGAGAAGUGGGAUGGUCAAGUCCUUUGUCGGCAGCUGGUCCGCAGAGCCUUCAGGGGCUGGUCGGCGCUGAUGGGGCUGUACGCCUGCGCGGAGAAGGCUUCGACAAGGGUGGGCGAACUUCGCAUGUCUCGCAUGCUGCGUCUUUGGUCCUUCCUCCUGCGAGUUGGAGAAAAGCGGCCUCAUCAAAUCAUGCGCAGCCAGCUGGGCAGCUGCACGGAGCCGCAACACAGAAGUUCGGCAGGGUCUGUACAGGCUUGGCCGUUGGACGAUGAAGCCAGUUUUCCAGCAGUGGCUGUUGUACCUCAGAGACCGCAGGCGACGUCAGGGCCUUGUGGGCAGCGGCAGGAACCACAUGGAGGCCAGCGCCAAGAGCCGAGAGCAGCGCAGCGCCCUGAAGUGGUGGAAUCACGUGGCCUCCGAGGAGGCGCCGAUGCCAGGUGGGGCUCGGUCGCCGUGGCCGUGCUCUUGCUGGUUCGAGGUCGCAGUCGGAAGCAACACGGGGCACGGCUUUGUGCCCAGAGAUCGAAGCUGGAGGACACUUUGACGCGGGACAGGGUCUGCGAAGUGGUGGAUGAGUAUGGGGCGGCUUGGGAGAACCAAGAUCCUGCCAGGAUCUCUGCUCUUUUUGCGCGCGAUGCCGUCUACGUGGAGCGAAGCUUUGACAAGCGGAGCACAUACCGUGGGCGUCAGGCAGUCGUGAAAUGGCUGGCCGAGUUUGACAACGUUCGCUAUCGAGUGAAAGACAAGCAGAAGCGAUGCCACUUCGUUCAAGUGGCGAUUUUGGAGUUCUCUGCCGACCUGAAGGAGCUCCUGUACUUGGAGGAGUACAUGCAGAGUGUGGCCGGAGCAGGGUUCCGGUGGCCAGGCUUGGCUACCCCGGAACCUCAAAUGCGGGCAAUCCUGCGGAUGGAGCCGGAAUCCUUCGGAACUCCACCAUCGCCAUCACAAUGCCAGCACUGUGGUGUGGCUUUUCCGUCCAGAAAUGCGCUUUUCCGGCACAUCCGCGAGGGGUCUUGCUAUGAAAAGAAACCGCCUGCGCCACCUUCCAUCCUUUCAAGGGAGUCGCGAAGGCACGUUGCGUUGACGGUGUCUUAUCAUCACUGGGAGGACCACCUAUGGAAGGAGCUGGUCCGUGCGGCCUGGACAGCAUUUCCGCCCAGCCAAUCGGAAAAGAAGAAGCAGCACCCGUCACCUCGACUUUCCGCUGCCGUGCCCUCCAACCGGAUCGCCAAUGCAGUGGUGAACGUUUUGGGCCUGCGCCUUCCGAAAUGUGCCGAGGGGAUUCCGGAUGCAGAGGUGGGCAAACGCAUUCAGGAGGAGCUCACUGACGCCCCUAACUUCCGGAUCCUUGCAUGCACCGGCGUCGACUCUGGUUUCCAUGCUUCGUGCUUCUGCGAAGUCCAACGGUAUGAAGUCAUGGUUCCUUGGUCAGUCCUGGAACCAGAUGAUUUCCGCCCAAGCAUUCUGCACGGGUGCGAAGAGUCAGCCGUGCAGUUCGACCGUGAGCUUGCAAAGCGUGUGAAGCGUGGGAUCCAACAUUUCCGGCCGGGGCCGCGCUGUUGGCGCAACUUCUGCGACGCGCGGAGCGUGGGCAGAGGGGACCCGCCCGAGUUUGGCUUGAACCGCUUCAGAGCUACGGUGGGCCCGGAUGGGUGGUUCAUCCUCUCCUUGGGAGUGCAGAGUGCCUUGCCUGGCAUGGUGGAGCGGAUCGUCGGAGGCCUUGUCCUGUGGACUCGUGGCUUUGCACCCGACGACUUUCUGAAGCGGGCUUUUUCCGGCGAUCCUGUCCCGGUGCCGAAAAUCCCCAGCUUCUGUGUCUAUUUGCGGGCUCCGCACAUGUAUCGAUAUGAACACAAGUACAGCAUCAGCCUCACCGAAUGUGAUUUGAUCUUCAGCUGCAGUUUUGAGCUGAAGCAUCGGGUGCAGGACAGACGAGUGUCUGCAAGCUAUGCGACAAAGAAUUGUUUCAGAGGAGCAGGCAGCUGGGAAGAGCAAGACCAUGGGCUUCACCGCAAGUAUUUCAACAGGUCCAAGGAGGGCAAGCACAAGACAGCCGACUCGAACGGCCGUGAACGCGGGCCUGGAGGAGCAACAGUUGCACUAGUCACUACUCCAAUCCGUGCUGCUGGAAAAGGAGAUAUAGGAGUACGCCGCGAGCAGCGAAAAGAUGCUGCAAACGCGCCGAGUGCAGAGCGCGACAACGAGAGGCAUGAGCAAGUGCUCCGAGUUCGACGCCGUGAGUUUCUCCACCACUGGCGGGAGGCACUGCUUUUCAAGCGUGCACGGAUGUGGCAGCUGCAGCGGCCCCGCCUGGUCAUGGACAUUACUGGGCAGACCAUUCUCGCGGCCUCCUUCCUCGUUCUCGCGCAGCGUGCUCGCCAAAGGCGAGCUGCUCGCAAGGCGCAGGAGAAGGUGCGCAGCAUGUGUGAUCGAUCUUCGCUCAUGCGAAGCUUUGACGAGUGGGCGAAGGUGUACGAGCACGAGUCUUCCAGCUUCUUUGCUUCUCGUCUUCUUGAUCGGUGGAAGCUCUCAAGGAUUAUGGAGCGCUGGAAGCAGCACACGGUCUUCAGAGCCGGAUUCGCGUCCCAUGUCAACCAGAAGACCGACAGUGCCAAGCUCCAACGACUUGCCAGCUGCAUGGCGGCCUGGAAAGAAAGGCUGCAGCUUCGGCAGCUGGUCGCCGGCAUGUGGCUUGGGCGCCGCCGGGCCUGGAACGCGGCUUUGUUCCUCGCUUGGAAGAGCCAGGCAAACAAGGUUGCAGAGCAGCGUCGACAGCUGCGGCGGCUGUACCGUGCCACCAAGUUUCGAAAGGGCAGUCGGGGCGCGAAGCAGCAGCGGACCAAAGUUGACGCACGGAUGGUUGGCCAGUUCUUUCGGGCCUAUGCCGCCUGGGUGGCACAGGCGCGCGUGCUGCAGGCUCGGGCAUCGGCACUGGGAAAGGAGGUCGCGGCCCAGCGUCGGCGGCGGCGUCUCGGUGCUUGGGCCGCCCAUGGUCGCUUGGCAAAGGGGGAGGCUGUUAGUGAAGAGGAGUCAUUCAUCACGCAGAACAUGAGCCUCAGCAGCUACUUGGGUCUUCCAGCGUAUACAUUCCGACGGAUUUUGCUUUUGGUAUCGUGCCUCCUCGGCGUCAUUCAGUAUGGCUUGGUCUUGACCAACGGAGUUUCAGUGAGUGACUUCAAUGACUACUACGGGUUGACAGAGGUGCAGGGAAAGUUCCUCUACUCCUGCCUCAACUUUGGUGCAUGCGCUCUAUCCUUCAUACCAGGAUGUGUGCCAACGAUGAUGCUGGGAACUCUUAUAGCUGAUUUUGGGAUCAUCCUACAACUUGUUUGGACGCCUGACUUCCCGUCCUUUGUCAGUACAAUGGGUGGCUUGUCCUUUUGCUACAUAUGCUUUGGAUUUGCAGCCACCUUCUUCAAUGUGAUUGGCUCAUUUGCACCGCUCUCAGUCUUCCCGGUACAAUACGUUGGGCAGGUAUCGGCUUGCGUCCAAGUGUGCAUGUCCCUUGGCAUGACCAUCCAGACACAAGCUUACUACGCUCUGAAAAAGAGCGGUGGCGAUCCCAUUAUGCGGUAUUUGAUCUACGCCAUCAUCACCUUCAACGUUGUAGGCGUGCUCAUGUGCGUCGUGUUCUGGCUCUGCCGGAAUCUUAUGGAGCAGUCGGCGGCAGAGGAGGAGGCCGAGGACGAUCGUAGGAGCCUUUGGAGCUCUCUAAAGAGCUCGGAGUUUUCCUACAUGAUGGUCCUUUUCUGUGUGGCGAUUGGCUUCAGUUUCAGCUUCCUCGACUGUGAAGGAAGCUUGGCUUCCGAGGUGAAUGUGAGCAGCAAAGAGCUCGCUAGCGUUUUUGGCAUAGUGAAUGCCUUCGGACGCCUGGCCGUCUGCAUUCCGUUGGAUUGGACGCGGAAGCACCGAUGGGGCGGCGUGUAUUCCUACAUCCUUGCAUCCCUCAUCGUGUACACCUUGGGCAUGCUCUUGCUGGCCAUUCCCUCCUCUCCUGACGCAGCCACCGUGCGCAUCGCAAACUCACUGGCUUCCUUCGGUUAUGGUGGGCUCCUGGGUAUCGUGCCGCCGGCCUUGAGGCUAACAUUUGGAACGACUCACCUCGGUGUGAUUUAUGGGAUCCUUUACGUGGCAGUCGCCAUCUUCGAGCCGAUCUGGAGUUUUCUCUUCAAGAAGCCCGAAGCUUGUGAGGGUGUGGAGUGCUACCGUCUCUACACGAGGAGAGGCCAAGCUCGCUAA